CUUCCGUUCCCUUUCUCCCGUUCGCACGCCGCCUCGUGCACUCCUCCUCCUCCUCCUCCUCCCAGAUCUCGUGACCAUUGCCAUUCCCUCCCUCCGCUACACGCCGAGCGCCCCCGUCCGGACCAGGCGUCUCCGCGGCUCCUAGUCCUCGCCCCCUCCCUCUCCCGUGGAGGACUGCCGCGGGGCGGCGAGGGAGAGGAGAUCCGUCGGUGCUGGCUGCUGGUUGGUCGGCUGGUCAAUCCCUUUCCAUCGUUUGCUGAUUGCGCGAGACGGUGCUUCAGGACUGCCCCCUGGCGCGGAGGCCGCACAGGCUCGGCGGCGCCGGCGGCGAGAUGAAGGGCGCGACCAUCCCCUCGGUCGCGAUCAUGCCCUCGCCGCUCUUCCUCUGGCGGUUUAAGGUUGUGUUGUUUCUUCUAUGGGGCUUAUGUUGUUGCAAGAUAAGUUGGGACUCGGUUAUGAGAAUGAGUGUUGAUCUCAGAGACUUAUUUCUUUAUGAGGCUUUCUUGUACUAUAAUCCUCUUCUUCUUGUGGCCUUGAUGAUUUGGUUGUGGGGAGUAAAUCUAUGGGUUUUUGCACAAUCAUCUGUGAAUUAUGCAAAAGUGUUUGAUCUUCCACAAACACAUUUAUCUCACCGAGAGAUAUGGAGGUGUGCUACUUGGCUGACUUUAAUUGUCCCUACUAGCAUGACAGCCUACCUAUAUCUGUACUCACAUGGAGAAGUGUCUCUUGCAGCAUCUCAACCAGUUCUCUUGUAUGCUAUUCUUCUGAUGAUCCUCCUUUCUCCUUUCGAUAUGUUUUACUUAUCAUCACGCUUUUACUUUCUGAGGACAGUCUGGCGUAUAAUACUGCCUUUACAAGCAAUUACAUUUCCCGAUUUCUUUUUGGCUGAUAUUUUUACAUCCAUGUCAAAGGUGUUCUCAGAUCUGGAGCGCUCAGUUUGUCGUAUGGUGAAUCGCCAGGUUGCAACAAUCGCUUGGUUUGAAGCAGAUUCUAUUUGUGGCAGUCAUUCAGUAGCGAUUCCGCUUGUUCUCAUGUUACCCUACUUGUGGCGUUUAUUCCAAUGUCUCCGGCAAUACAAGGAUACAAAGGAGAAGACAUGUCUCCUCAAUGCUCUCAAGUACUCGACAGCAAUUCCUGUGAUUUUCCUUUCUGCUCUCAAGUACCAUGUACAUCCUGAUCAAUGGGUUGGCUUCUACCGGCCCCUCUGGCUUAUCUCUAGUGUUGUAAAUUCACUGUAUUCCUUCUACUGGGAUAUAAAGCGAGAUUGGGAUUUGAGCAUCCUAACCAGGAUUUUCAUGUUCAAAAACCCAAGCAUAUGGACAUAUCUUCUUUACGGGCAGAACUGGGUACUCUACUGGGUACUGGGCAGCAAUUUGGUCCUGCGAUGCACAUGGACGUACAAGCUCUCGGCGCAUCUCCGGCACAACUACCUGACAGUGUUCACCAUAGCAGCUCUGGAGAUACUGAGACGGUGGCAGUGGGUGUUCUUCCGGGUCGAGAACGAGUGGAACAAGAUGACAGCCAAACAGAACAUGGAGAUGUCAUCCGACAUGCCUUCCGAAGGAGACAGGCUACUGGAUUCCAGUAACCAUACAGUAUGAGUUGAACAGCAGUCUCAUAAUUUUUGCGAUACACAGAUUCAGCACCAUUCUUUUAGCGUGACCCAUUUUUACGUCGACGGUUUAGAUUUUGUAUGUAGAGCUCAAAAGGCCAGGGAUACGUAACAGGUUUCUAUAUAAAAAGUUGAAAUUUGUUGGCACUACGGAUGUAAUCCUCUUGGAGGAUGUGUACUUUUGUAACCCACUUGCAUCCAACAGGAGGCAUUUGUUGACACAUUAAAGAAAAAUAGUAAUGCUGAAAAUCAUGAGUUUUUGGAA